GGCAACUCUUUUGAUUGCUGUCACCAUCAGGCAUCAAAUGCAUACUCCGAUCCGAAUGAAAUUUAUUUUAAAUCGUCAGCAAUUUAUGUAAAAAAAUUAUUGUGAUAGACGCACGCGUCAAAUUAUCUGCCUUCUAUGGGCGUUCAUGUUUUCGUGUAAAAAAUGAUUGAGUUUACGAUAAAAACAUUGGAUUCCAAUAACCACCGGUUCUCAGUCGACGAUGAGAUCACGGUGGAACAACUCAAAGAGAAGGUGAGGGAGCAAAUGGGAAUAGAACCAAGCCUUCAACGACUUAUUUUCUGCGGCAGAGUAUUGCAAGAUGAGAAGCGUCUCGCAGAAUAUGAUGUCAACGGCAAAGUCGUGCACUUGGUGCAACGAGCACCACCCGGGCCUGAGACACGGCAGAGUGCCCCAAGCGCACCGACUGCCAACUCCGGAUCUGAAAACAAUGGCUCCAACAUGCAACAACAAAUAAGGAGGCUGAUGUCGCUUGCCGGCCCUUCUGACAUUCUGAUGGACCAACAAGUGACGAUGUCACCAACUACCGGCCGCCUCGAGUUCAUUCGCAGAAUGAUUGCCGAAAUAAAAGCAUCGCUCGCCUCCCUUAGGGCGCAUGUCGAAGGAGAGGAAAAUAGGAGUUCACCAGCAAGCGGUGAAAGUCCUACUGAGCAAAUGGAUACUGAACCAGCGUCCGGUACGCAGCAUGACGAGCCUGAACCCCUACUUGACGAAAAUGGCGACGAAACUACCGACGCCGCUGCUCGAGCCCAAAAUGCACGCAGAAGAAGCUAUAGGGCUAUACGAGCGCUGCGUGCCCGCCACACCAGACCACGUGACCUGGCCCAGUUACUCGAAGAACUGGAGACACUUCAGGAACAAUUCGCUCCGUACCGGGCCAACUACAUCAGGAUGCUUAGAGCAGCCAAUAAUCCUGAACCACCUGUAUACACAGAAGAAGAACGUGUCAGUGCUCAGCGUACUGUAGACAUGGUAACAGACAUAAUGCACAGUUUCGCGCACGCCUACCAUGCCAUCAGCGACAUCAACUUCCAAGUUGGUCAGCGCAAUCCACGGCUAACUUCUGAUACCAGCGUCGUACGUCACCCUAUUCCGAUGCAGGCGCACAUCAACGUGGUGCAGUCUAACCGACGCACACCACAACAACAGGCCUCGCAACCACAAUCGCAGUCACAGUCUCCGCAGACUGCGCAGAGUCCCCAGCAACAACAACCGACGGCGCAACCGGCGCAACCUGCGCAACCCGCGGGCCAGCAACCAACUGGACCAGCAACCAACACGGCCACCCGCCCUGCUGGCAACAGGGCCCCCACCAUCCAAACGUCUACCGCUGGCGACGGUAUCACGAGCGUUCAGGGUGUCCAACCAAGCGGCCACGCUACUGCUCAUGCCGGUAGGACUACCCAACCGACCGUCAAUAUAAACAUUCAGCCAGAUCCCAUCACGUAUCAAGUAGAGAUAGAGACAAGGGUACCCAUCGCAUUCCCCUUAGAGAAUGCUCUGCUGAACGGGUUGACUAACGCUGCAGCGGUGGUGAAUGCUCAGGAACAGGGCAAUAACGGCGCUGGCGCCAACAGGCGUCAAGUUCUACUAGAUUUUGAGAAUUUAUUUAGAGGAUUGAGCCAAUCGGCCGGUCUUGGUGGAGUAGAAGUCGUGAUGAGUAUGGAGGAGAUACCGCACGGAGGUCCUGUUGGCGUUGGCACAAUUCUUACCGGUUCUAAUACUGGCACUGGAACAGGAACUGGCACUGGUACUGGUACCGGUACCGGUACUGGAAAUACUACGGCUACAGCCACUGCCACUGUCACCGGCACUGGAACUAACACUGGUACUACCACUGGUACUGGCACUGCCACAGCCACUACCACUGCCACUGGCACUGCCACAACCACUGGUGCUGGCACCGGUACUGGCACUGGUACUGGAACCGGAACGGCCACCGGAACUGGAACUACUACCGGCUCACAACCUGCUGCAGGCGAGGGCGGAGUAUUCGUUGGUCCAAUGCCGUGGGGCGGAGCGCCAAGUGCCGACUUGCUGCAAAACAUCGUAUCAUCAGUGAUCCGCCAGGGCCUCGUGCCUGGCGUCGAGGGCGUGACCCUGCACAUACCGAGCGUGCCGACCGCGGCGCAACUGGCUCCAGUACUGCAGGCUCUUCAGAAUCCGAAUUACCAGCCGGCAACAUUGCUAGCGCCUCACCCUAACCAAGUGCUUGAGGCCUUGCAGGCUGCACAAGCUGCACAGGCUGCACAACAAAAUGGUCAAACUCCACAGGCAGCCACCGGACAGACAGCUGCACCAGCCAGCCAGGACUCGAACUCGACCAACACGUCGAAUUCACAACCUGCGAGUCUGCACCUUCGCCGAGCUACAACCACUACUCGCGCCCAGGCCGUGUCUCUAGCUACUCUGAUCUACGAUAGAUUUUUGCAAUGCGAUAGUCAGCAUGCCCGGCGUCGCCUGCAGCGUCGCAGGGAGCAACAACAACAACAGCUAGUUCAGCAGGAACGAGCGCGAGCCGAAAGAGUGGCCGCACAAAAUAUCGAAUAUCUGAUGCACAGAAACCAUCACAUUAAUGACGAGCACAUGACCAUUAUUGUACGUCUUCUUAGCAGCGCUCCUUCACAAGAAUCUUGGUUCAGCGCUUUCUUACUGACUGUUGCUCGUCACCUGUUCCUUCCUGAACCACUGCAAUCGAUGAACGGAGAACCGGUGCUCGUUCCCCACGAGUUCAUGCAACUGCGCGUUCUACUACGCAACUAUAUACAUAAUCUAACUACUAGGGCUAACUCACAAGGGUCCGACACUUCAGUAUUGGCUGUAACAGAUUUCUUCGUCAGCGAAUUUCGCGACUUUAUCAACAGCAUGAGUAAUAUUACACCGCUACGUGAUGAAUUUGAUGCGUACGGCUCAAUACGCUCAUUGUUCCGUGCUCGCCUCCCUGCCCUGAUCAGCGCAGUUAUGUCUGACUCCACGGGGGAGAUGUACCCUGCUCGAUUUUAUGCUGUCUUCUCCCGGCUCUAUACCGAUUUCUGCACACUGAUUUCACACUUAUGCGUUGAAGGCCUUGAUGGUUUGCGUCAGCUUUACAAGACUUUCUUGGAUCUUAGAAUUCGGUAUUUCGACGAAUCUAUUCAAGAAAUGGUCUUAGUACUUGCCAAUGAGAACCUGAAUGCUAUUAUAAACACAUUGGGUUCCCACUGCGCCCACAUUCAGCAACAUCUUCAUCGUCGACCGGGAGUGCCCUCAGAGCCUUCGCCACCGCCGCUGGAGGACGAGCAACCUACUCCAAUGGAAGUGUCACCGUCGUCACAACCGGCUCCUGAAGAGCCAGCAAUAACUAAUGAGAGUUCUCAGUCCAGCGCAGCUCCGUCAGUACAAGAAGAGACCCCGCUGAGUACGAGCUCGGGGUCAGCGCAGGUCGUCGCCUCCACGGUGUCAGCGACGCCGACCAGCGCCGCCUCGCACACUGUCACCUCCAACACAGCCCCACAGUCACCAAUCACCUCGCCCAGUCGUGUUAUGACCCCGAAGGAAAGGAGUGAGCCGGCGUCUCCGGCACGCAACGCGAGUGAUCAAAACUUACGAUUCGUACCGCCGCUGAUGAUUCUGCAGCAUUGGGGCGAGGAGUGGGUGCCAGUGUUCACUCGUGAUCAACAGAAUCAGCGACCGGAGCCGCAGGAGCCGUACAGUGAUGCCUACAUUUCGGGGAUGCCGUCGCGCAAGCGUCGAUGCCUACGCCAGACUCGGCCGCCGACCACACUGAACGGAUUCAUGGAAGAGAGUUUGCGUGAAGCAGCCAAUGACCGGCCAGCUACCAUGCAAGCACAAGCACAGGACAAUGCCCCGAUGCGCAUCGCUUUCCGUGAAUAUAUGCGGAACUAUGUUCGGGAGCGUGCUGCAAACUCUACUGACUACGAUGCAACGCGAUUCACGUCUGCUGCUCGAUUUAUCAACAUGAAUAGGACAAGUACUGUAACGCCGCCACAAGAGAACGGUGGCGGGCAACCGCAGGAGGAGGAGUAAAUAGUUUUGUAAGCCAUUAUAUUCGGCUUAUUCAAUAGUAGUUUUGCUUUAUAGUUUACGGUGUUCUACAUAUUUACAGCUUGCAGUUAGGGUUCAUAGUUUCAAAUGGUCUCUCAAUGUCUAAAUGUUAAAUUAAUGCAAUAGGUGAUAAAAUAAUUGUAACUUAUAUACAGUGGAAACCCGAUUAUACUAACCUAGGCCUCUGCCUGCAUGCAACUCGUUUGAAGAAAUUAAAGAAAUGUUUGUUGAUAAUCUAUUUGAAAUUUUAAGACGCGCAUUUGUUUUCUUUGUUGUGUAAAAUACAGUUAUUUUGUCUGGAUCUUGUGAUCUUGUGAUAUUCAAUAGUUAAUUUAUUUGGUCGCAUUGAAUUAGUAAAGGAUAGCUAAAAAGUCAUGUUUAUAGUUAUAUCUAUAAAAAAACUUACGACAAGCGAAAAGUUGCCAAUAAAAGUGAAAUUAAUGACUUGAACAUAGCCUUGUUUGGGAAAGUGGUUUGUUAUCGUAUGUUCAGCUGUCCUUUCUAAUUAAAUAUUACUCUAUAUGUACCAAAUUGUUUACAGAAUACGCACCUACCUAUUAAUUUUGUAAAUAUAAAAUUUAUCAAACUUAAUUUAUUCAUGUGAAAUGAUUUUUUAUUAUAACGCAACUAUGUAGUUUUUCCUUAUUUAAAAAUAACUUCUAUUAAGGGAUGAUGGUUGUGAUGGCUCGAUCUUUGUAAAAUACGGACAUACGGUCAAUUGGGCUAAGAAUCAGUGUCGACCCUAAUUAAGCUGGUAAAUAAUAAUAUUUUAUGAAUAUUGGCAAGGCAGAAAAUUGUUAUCGCAAGUAAUCGGGUAUUUGCUGUACCGUUCAAACAAUUGGUUUAAAAAUAAUUCAACCUUUUAAUUAAUCAAUAUUAAAGUAGUAUCAGUAAAUUGUUAGGAAUGUAAUAUCGCCUAAGUAAGCGAGUUAUCAAACUUAAAUAAUUAUCCAUAAACGAUAGAUGUCUACAAUUAAUAUGUGUUUAUUAUAAUAGUUGUAAUAACUGUUCUCAUCAAAUAUCAAAGCUGCUCAAUAUUUUGGUUUGCUUAGGGCUACAAGUCUGCGGUGUCUCGCACACGAUAAAUCACAAUGAUUGAGCUUGAAACACAAGGUUUGGAUAUGAAGAGUCUGAAUUGAUAUUUGACGCGGAUUUAUAAACUAGAACUAGAAAUGAUCGAUGUCUACAAUUAAUGUGUUUAUCCUCGUCCUAAAUAACUCGGUCCCAUAAUUGUCUAAGUAUAAUAUUAACUUCAAAUUGAUCGUCUCCAUCAUACAAUUAAGACGCCGAUUAGACAUAAAUGUAAUAGUAGAAAAUUAGUUAAUUAUUCAAUUACAUAGUCAGUAAAUAUUUUCAGAUGUCUGUCAAUUCUGUACGUCAUAAACAAUAAUCAAAUAGAUAUUCUGUGUUUUUUAAAAUAAUUUUUCUACGCAUUAAGGACGUACAUGUUGUUAUUGGCAUAAAUUCACAAUUGUGAGCAAUUAUCGGUGUUUGCUGUUCGAAAAUAGUCUGUUAUUUCAGUACUCGAACGCAACUUAAGUUAAAUUAUAGUGAUGGCGAUUUUCUGGUGUGAUCAUAGCAAACAAAAAAAAAAAAUCACAUUGUGUUUUUUUAAAAACCUUCGAUGUUAUAUUGAUUUGAAAUAUCGUGUUUCUUUAGAAUUUUCUGCAUUUUAUACUGAGCGGUGACGUAGUGACUUCAAUUCGUUUUAUUUCAGUAUUUUUUUUAUGUAAUAAUAAGGGGUGAUAUAAUAAUGACGUGGUCAAUGACAAUUAGAACAACCCUUUAAAAGAGGUACAAAUACUGGAUCCACUAUAAUUUUGACUUAAUCCCUUCAACGGUAACGGUCCCAAUCAUCUAUGCAUUUGACCCAGUCACUUCGUCAAUUGUUCCUAGGUCUGUUCUAUCUCCCUUGUCUUCGUCAUUUUACAUUCACUACUCCUUUACUCACGUCUACUCUUGGCCAUUACUCAUAAUAAAAAGGCUCCACUAUUAUGCGACGCGUCUAAGAAGUAGAAUUAUUAUUAUACUCCAUGUGGUUAACUAACUAUGGAGAAUCGCCCUUCGUACUCUGGAGAGGGCACCGUAUCGCAGGCUGCUCAGUCAUAAGCUGUUGCAGUAAGACGUGCUCAAUCGGCAAUAUAUUCGAUAUAAAGUUGCUGACAGCUUCAUUAUUCCCAUCUAUCCCCUCAUCGACAGCAUUAUACCUCAAUAACCAACAACCAUUAGGCUUUACGAUGAUGUAUUUUUUAUUAAUAUUAACAAAAAAAUAAAAUGUACCGCAUGAGUGUCAUCGAUAAUCGCAUAGCGUUUUGACAGCUAACAUAUUUUGUAACAUUGUUUUAUAUAUGGCGAAAUAAAAAUAAUAGUGUUUUUAUUAUUUUUAUAAUCUUAACUGACGGACUAAAUAGAUUUUGUAUUAUACCUGUUGUCAUAAAGUUUGCUGUCGUGUCUCCUACACACACAACACACUAAAGAUUUUGGUUAAUUUAAGUGGCGUAUGAGUAUUUGAAAAUAGUUCCCGUACACGUACUAUACCAGUACUUAAGUAAAUAAGUACUAUUGUCUUUCUCGAUCGUCCGUACGCGCGUGCAAUUGUUUGUCAAUAUAUUUUGUUAACUUUCUCUAACUUUUCAUGUUCUGUUGAUCCUAUUUGUUAAUAGCUCACUCUUCUUUGUUAUAUACUUGGAAUACUUAAUUCGAGUGCGCCUCCUGUAAUUUCACACUGAUUUUAUCUACUUACUCGCUUAUUAGCGUAAAUCAAGUUAUUAUUGUGUUUUGAACUUAAAUGAAUUUUACAUUAAGUUUUUUUUUAUGAGAAAUGGUGUGAGUUUGUGGCCUGUGAGCCUUAUUUUCUUCUAAGAUCCCACCGAAUGAUGUGCAUUACCAUACAAGCUGACCCAGAAAAUAUAUCGCGAUUGUAUUUUCUUUUUAAUUGGGGGCUGUGUGGGUUGUGACAAAAAAAACUUAUUUAUUUCCAUGCAAUAAAUGAAGAGUCCGCUUUUCCCCUUACUAGGGACGUGGCCUUGUUGCUCACUCUGCUGCCAAAAAUAUUUUGUAUUUUGACCGACAUUAGCAAGAGAAGUGUGGCAGUAUACGAGACGUGCAUUCAAAUCCCAGUCAUUUGUUUUGUUCACCCGACUGCAAUUAUUCGGUGGGGCAUUGGAGCUAUUUUUAAAUAACACUAACAUUAAGUUCUGGUUUAACAUUUCAUUAGAGAUCCUAGUUUUCUGUUCACAAAUGUGUAGACGGAUUCAUUUUAUGAGAUAAUCAUUGAAUAUUUAUCACUUACAAUAACUUUUAAGCGGACCGAUAAACGGUGAAUACAUGUGUAGUAAUAAUUUCUGGAUUAAUAAAUAAAAAAAUAUAUGGA